AUGUCGGACAAGAAGAGCGACGACUACUAUCCCGGCCGCGACAAUGGCGAGAAGGAGCGCUUCAUUCCUGCAGCGCCCGCAUUUGCCGCUCGUGAGGCCCCGGCUGCUGUUUCCGACUCACUCAACAAGAUAAGCCAAAGCCCGGGUCUCUCUGUCCUGGCCUACUGCUUGUCUUCCAUCAGUAUGACAGUUGUCAACAAAUAUGUCGUCUCCGGCUCCAAGUUCAACAUGCCUCUCAUGUACCUGGGCAUCCAGAACGGUGUCGGUGUUGCUGCCAUCAUGGCCUGCAAGCAGCUCGGGCUUAUCACCACUCUUGCGCCUUUUGAUACCGAGAAGGCCAAGAAAUGGAUGCCCAUUUCGUUCCUUCUCCUUGGCAUGAUCUUUACUGGCACCAAAGCUCUUCAGUUCCUCUCUGUCCCCGUCUACACCAUCUUCAAGAACCUUACAAUCAUUGUCAUCGCGUAUGGUGAAGUUUUGUGGUUCGGCGGCAAGGUUACCUCGAUGAUUCUGCUCUCUUUUGGCAUGAUGGUUAUCAGCUCCAUCAUUGCUGGUUGGUCUGAUGUUCAGUACGCUGCUUCUGCCUCCUCCGAUGCCCUGUCUACUCUAAAUGCUGGCUAUGCCUGGAUGUUUCUGAACGUCAUCUGCUCCUCGGCCUUUGUUCUCGGCAUGCGCAAAGUUAUUCGCAAGAUGAACUUUAGCGAUUGGGACACCAUGUUCUACAACAACUUCCUCACCAUUCCUGUCAUUAUCGUCCUCACCCUCCUUGUCGAGGACUGGUCUAGCGAGAACCUGGCCCGCAAUUUCCCCGUGGAGAGCCGCAACAACCUCAUGCUUGGCAUGGUCUACUCGGGCCUUUGCGCCAUUUUUAUCUCAUACUGUUCAGCCUGGUGCAUUCGCGUUACUUCUUCCACUACCUACUCUAUGGUUGGAGCCCUCAACAAGCUGCCCAUCGCUGUCAGUGGUCUCGUCUUCUUCGAUGCCCCCGUUACCUUUGGCAGCGUCUCUGCCAUUAUCCUUGGUUUCGUGAGUGGUAUCGUCUACACGUGGGGCAAGGUGCAGAUGAAGGAGCAGUCCAAGAUGAGCCUCCCGACUACCAACCGACCGGUCAUGAGCGCUAGCUCCAAGAGCAAUAACGAUGCCAACUCAUAA